AUGACCACUCAAACCUCCACUACGACGGUUUCAACCGUGACUCCUACAAGCCUGCCGCCACCUGCCAUGAAGUACAAGCGUGUCACCUCCGAACCUGAAAACCCCUUUUCGAAACUCGUCAACAACCAAAUUAUUGCUAUUGUUCCAGAGGUUGAACUCGAAUGCGGAGACGUCCUUCACAAUGUCCCUGUCGCUUACAAGACCUGGGGUGAACUCAACGCGGCUCGCGACAAUGUCAUGGUUAUCUGUCAUGCUCUGACAGGCUCAUCGGAUGUUAGCGACUGGUGGGGACCUCUGCUUGGUCCUGGCCGUGCAUUCGACCCAACAAAAUUUUUCAUCAUCUGCCUCAACUCGCUUGGAUCACCCUAUGGCUCGGCCUCCCCAUGCACACUAAACCCAGACACUGGGGAAUACUACGGACCUGAGUUUCCAUUAGUCACAGUCCGCGAUGAUGUUCGUAUCCACCGCUUAAUUCUCGAUGACCUGGGCAUCACUUCUAUCGCAGCUGUUAUUGGUGGCUCCAUGGGUGGAAUGCUGGUACUUGAAUACGCUUACUAUGGCCCUGAAUAUGUCCGUCUUAUUGUCCCUUUGGCUACAAGUCCUUCACAUUCCGCCUGGGGAAUUUCCUGGGGUGAAACCCAACGUCAGUCCAUCUACUCAGACCCCAAGUAUAAUGAGGGCUACUACUCUUUUGAUGACCCUCCUAUUGUCGGCCUCGGCGCUGCGCGCAUGGCCGCCAUGCUUACAUACCGUUCCAGAAAUUCAUUUGAAACCAAGUUUGGCCGCAAAGUGCCCGACCCUAAUGACCGCCGCGUCGUCACAAACAAUACCCACAUUAGAGAACCCUCAUCGAACCUGGAGCUCAACUGGGCUCUCCACAACCACGGAAAUAUCCACGGUAAAAAAUUAGCAUCUCCUCAACAGAGCCCCGCAUCUCUCUCUCCAAGUAACUCUGCUACUUCCAUUCCUGCAUUAGAGCCUGCUGCUGGAGCUGUCCAACUUUCUCCUUCGCCAUCGUCGGAUGCCGAUUCCGAUAGCAAUAGUACUGUUGUAACUUCAGCAACCGUCGAAUCCCAGGAAACUGCUAUAACACAACCUUCAGCCCCAUCUUCUCCCGUUGCAUCCACAAUCCCGCUCAACGGACCUAUCGGCAACCGUAAGAAAAACUCCCUUAAUAGCUUUUUCGCCGCGCAAAGUUACUUGCGAUACCAGGGGAGCAAGUUUGUGCAACGGUUUGAUGCCAACUGUUAUAUUGCCAUCACCCGAAAACUUGACAGUCACGACGUCUCGCGUGGCCGCGGAGACGACAUUGAUCGUGCUCUGGCCAUGAUUAAGCAACCCACACUCGUCAUUGGUAUUUCGUCUGACGGUCUUUUUACAUUUUCAGAGCAGCAACGCAUUGCACAACACAUUCCAAACGCAGUUCUUAAGGAAAUUCGUUCACCUGAAGGUCACGACGCAUUUUUGUUAGAAUUUGCAGAAAUCAACAGACUUAUUGUGGACUUUUUGAAAGAACAACUUCCAGAUAUUUUAAAUCGGGAAGGUAUUCCUUGGAAAGAAGAAGAAAUCGGUACAAUCGGCAAAAGUUCGCUUUUUGGCGAAGCCGAGACUGAUGACUUGGAUGUUGUGAGUUGGUAA